UCCUACAUUUAGCUCCAGGGCUCUAGUCCCCCAGACCGCACCUUCCUACCUGCUGCAACCUCUCCAGGGAAUCUAAGUGGAACCCACUCUCCUCUGAGCAUCCUGGGCGCCAAGACUUGCUUAGUGGAGAGAAAGCAGCCCCAUGCUGGCCUUCUCGAAGUCUUGAAGCUCCAGACUGCAGAGUUCCAAGGACAGGGCUGUAGGUGUCUAGUGGGAACAUUCCAGAAAGUCAUGGCUUCCUCUUGGGACACCCCCUAUCGGAGAGCUCCAAUACCUGAGACGGUGGUGAAAAUUAUCGGGAGCAAACAUUACCGAUUCCUGGUGGAGAAGCCGAAGACCCAGGUGAAGGAGAACACAACAACUAAAGCUCAGCCUGAGCUAGGGCCAUUGGUACCCCAUCAUGGAAGGCAAUUUGGGGAAAAUCUGCCAGCUCUCAACUGUCUUGCUGAUCCCAAAGUCAAGUUCAAACCCGGUUCCAGAGAUCAGAACAAAGGCGGAAAGGAAGAAGACAAAUCUGCUCUCCUAGGAGCAGGCAGCAGUAUUCUAAAAUGGGCCAAAGCUCAGUGUAGCUCGGUGCCCUCGGGAGACCAGUCGCUGUCCUAUCUUCAUGGCCUCCCCAAACCCAGCCCCAAAGACUGGACCUUGGAACACAUGUCUAGAAAUGGUCCAGCUGGGCUCGAGAGUCUUGGUCUGAAGUCAAGUGAAGAUGAGUCCCUUCUGGCCAUGGUUGAAAGAGAAUUCAUGGUGCAUCCUCCAAGUCCAAAUUUGCUGGACAACCUGGAAAAGGAAUUGAAGGUCUUGGAUCCCAUCUCUUCAGGACUUCUUCUUCAAUCCCAGCUGAGUCGACUGCUUGUAAAGCACGAGGUCCCUCUUCAGCUGCCCACGGUCAAGUUACUUUUCCAGAGGUUCACCCAGAGCAGAUACUCAGAACUGAUCAAUUAUAAAAAGCUGCUGUGGUUUUUAAAGUUAGCAGCCUUGAAUGAAACUCAAAGGAGUGAGCCCCCAGCUGAUGAUAGCCCAGGAAAAAAGGAGGAAAUCAACGAUCGUGGCCCAAGCUCAUCUUCUGAAGCCAGUGAUAACCUAAUUGUGCUUCUCAGGAGUGCCCUAGAGACAUCCAAAGAGAAACUCAAUAUUGAAAAAUUUCACUUGAGUUUUCAAAAAGAAGACCAGCCCUUCUCUGGAUGCCUGCCAGCCUCCAAGAUCAAGGCUGUCUGUGAGCAACAUGGUCUUAUCCUGUCCCCACCCCUGAUGGAAGCUUUGUGUAGCCACCAGGAAUUGAAUGUACAAGAUGGAAUUAAAUGGCAAAAACUGAUGGAGUUCUUGGUCAAAGCUUCAGACAAGGCUUCUCCUUUGCCAAAACCUACAGGAACAAAGAAAGAGGAAGUUCCAUCUAUUGCUGCAGCUACUAAAGGUUCAGAGGAUGCUCAGAUCCCCAUGGAGAACCUCAAACACCCAGAAGAUGGGGAGCCACUCCCCGCAAACCUUGCUUCGGAGACAAGGGCCUCGGGAGAAAGCCAGGCCAGCAGGAAGAUCCGACCAGUGUCCCAGCCAUCUUUGAGCCAGCUGGAGAACGAUGAGGCCCAGAGGGAGACGUGGAUGGACCGGUUCCGAAAGCUAGAAAAUGCCCUCUACAUGUGUGAUGUGAACAAGACAGGUAUGCUGGAGAAGGAACGAGCCAAGCGCCUCAUGCACAACUACAAUCUCAUUUACAACCUCGCUCUCAGCCCUCUGAAAAUUGAUCAGGCGGCCCGGAGGUUCCGACGGGGAGAGAACCUUCUCUUGGAACCGGCUCUGCAGUACCUAAAGGAGCUGUGAGCUGUGCCCAGAUGGUGCUAAUGGGUGUUUGUUUGCUGUGUCUCCCCUCUUGUACCCAGGAACACGCUUUCCUCAGUCUGAGGAAGGGAGAGACGAAGCCUUCCCAAGGAGAUGCGGCCGGCGUA